AUUUUGCUAAUUUUCUCCCCGAUCGAACGUUUGAUCUCAAUACAGUUUUCUAUUCCAAAAACUAAAAUCUGUUACGAACAGAGUGAACUAAGUUUAGUAAAAUGUACCCGUUGCAAAGGUUGUAAAAAAAAUGCGUUGUUUAUAAGUAGUACAAUGGCGAAUUGAGUUAUGGCACACGCGCAUUUCACAGAGUAGGCGUUUCCUAACGGAAAUAUGCAAAUGAUAGCUAGAACGCGCCAAUAAGAUCACUCUUUGUUAGACCAAUCGAAAGAGAGAGGGGCGGGAUAACUCUAUACGACGCUGUUUGCCUUCUGGGGAAACUGAGUUUUGGGGUUGUGCAGUAUUUUGCCGGGCGGAAACUCCCGCCAUUUUUCCAACCCAGUAAUUAAUCUCUUGCAUAUUCAAUUAAGUUAUUACAACCCUUUACUAUCAUUGUAACAACUUAAACUUUCAAGGACGGACACUGCGAGUCUAAAAAAAAAAAUCGCUCCAUGAGAGAAGGCCUAGUCUUUGGAGACCGGAGUGGAGAGCGCGCCAGACCCCCUGACGAGAACCUCCGCUGUUGCCGCGAGUUCGAGAAUCCUGUCAGCUCGCCUCUCCAUCCUCCUUUGGGACAAGCUAGUAGAAGUUUCUCCGGAUAGCCUACCAGAAGAGUCCAUUAUCAUUGCACAUUUUUAAACAUAUGUUUUUGUAAAGUUUGUGUUGAUAAACAAUGACACAACUACCGGCGAACAGAACAAGGAUGCGAUUUGACUGCUAGCAAGAAGUGCUGUGUUAUUGUUUGCGAGGAUUUAGCCGACUUGCUAGGUUAGCUAGCUAGAUGCUACACGUUGAAUGCUCCUGGAAUAUUUUUGGAUACUUGACUACAUGCUAAGGCCAUAUUGUCAUAUUUUGCGUAGUUUUGUGGUAGGAGUUAAAUUUUUUAAGACGUCAUCGCUGCCGUUUCGUAUUCAGGAUGGCACCACUGCUGGGCCGGAAACCCUACCCGCUGGUUAAGCCGCUAGCCGAGCCGCCAGGCCCAGAGGAGGAGGUCUACAUAAUCGAACACACCAAGGAGGCCUUCAGGAACAAAGACGAGUAUGAGGCGCGCCUGCAGAGAUACGCCGAACGCAUCUGGACAUGCAAGAGCACCGGCAGCAACCAGCUCACACACAAGGAGGCCUGGGAGGAGGAGCAAGAAGUCACUGAACUGCUUCAAGAAGAGUACCCGCUAUGGUUCGAGAAGCCAGUCUUGGAGAUGGUUCACCACAACACGGUCUCCCUGGAUAAGCUGGUGGACCAGGCCUGGGUGGAGAUCCUCACCAAGUACGCCGUAGACGAGGAGUGUGACUUUCUGGUGGGGAAGGAAAAGAGUUUGCGGGUUAAGGUCGUGAAGAUACACCCGCUUGAGGGGAACGCUGAGGGGGAGACGUCAGAGAAGAAGCUAGAGGGAGCCUGCGACUCUCCUUCCAGCGACAAGGAGAAUGCAAGCCAGGAGAACCAGAAGAAGGAACAACAGCUGCCCAGAGAGGAGGAGAGCCCCAGGGAGACUAGGGAAAGCAGGCGAGAGAGCCUCAGUGACCGAGCACGGCGCUCGCCCAGGAAAACUCCCACCGCUAUGAAGGAGGAGAAGAAGAGAUGGGUGAUGCCAAAGUUCCUGCCACACAAGUAUGACGUGAAGCUGAUCAGCGAGGAUAAGGUCAUCAGUGAUGUCCCAGUGGACAGCCUCUUCCGGACUGAGCGCCCUCCAACCAAGGAGAUCAUGCGCUACUUCAUCCGCCACUAUGCACUCCGGCUUGGGAUGGGAGAGACGGCCCCCUGGGUGGUGGAGGAUGAACUGGUGAAGAAGUUCAACUUGCCCAGCAAAUUCAGCGACUUCCUCCUGGAUCCACACAAGUUUUUCACAGAGAAUCCAGUCUCAGCCAAGCGCAAGAGCCUGAGCUCAACAGAGGGCAAACCCAGUAAGAAGCUGAAGACCUCGAACACCCCGGGAGGAGGGAAUUCGGGGAACGAGAAGAAAAAUGAUUCUCUCGGCAUGCCUCUGAGCCCUACAAUCUGGGGCCACAUGCAGAUGAAAAUGAAUGGCUCGCCUCUGAAGGUAAAGAACUCCGGUACCCCCAAGAAAAGAGAGGGUGGGGCUUCUGUACUCUCCUCCCCCAAAUCCAGCAAAAAACCUGGAGACAAAUCUGCUACUGGCAAAAAGACCCCCGGCAAGAGCGGCCAGAAGGCAUCGUUCAAAAAGGAUGAAAAGGGUGGAGGCGCCAAGAAGCCCAAGAUGAAGCAAAUGACUCUGUUGGACUUGGCCAAGAGCCCUCAUUCCGCUGGAAGCCCCAAGAAGAGAGCCCGGAGCACCGGCCCAGGGACCCCCAAGCUUGGCAAGCCCCUGCACCCCAUGGCCCUGCACCUGCUGCGCUACUACAAGGAGCACAAGGGCAAGGAGGACAAGAGGAACGCCAUGUCCUGUCUCAUAUCCAAGGCGGCCAAGGCCCUCUCGCCUGAGGACCGGGGUCGGCUUCCUGAGGAGCUCUGCGAUCUUGUCCUGAAGCGCUGGGAGUUGCUGGAGCACAAGAAGAAAUGGGCGGCCAUGAGCGAGGAGGAGAAGCGGGACGUGAUGAGGAAGAAGCGUGAGGAGAUCAAGGAGAAGCUCCGGGAGAAGACUAAGGAGCGUCGGGAGAAGGAGCUGCAGGUGCGCCGUGAGCAGCAGCGCCGCUAUGAGGACCUAGAAAUCGAGGGCGGCAAGGCACUGCCUGUCUUCAAGCUGGUCGACAUGCCAGAGGGCUUGCCCAACUCCCUGUUCGGAGAUGUGGCCAUGGUGGCGGACUUCCUCAACUGCUACGCGGGCCUGCUAAUGCCCGAUGACCAGUACCCGGUGACGGCAGUGGCCUUGAUGGAGGCUCUGGCCGGGGAGAAGGCAGGUUUCCUUUACCUGAACCGUGUGCUGGUGGUGCUGCUGCAGACCCUGCUGCAGGACGAGCUGGCUGAGGGCUACAGCGAGCUGGACAUGCCCCUGUCGGAGAUCCCCCUCACCCUCCACUCUGUCUCUGAGCUGGUGCGCCUGUGCCUGCGGCCGUGCGACGCCCACGGCGAUGACUCGGGCCAGGGCUCCGGGGGGGAUGAUUGGGGCACCCUAGGGGGCUUCGACCAGGUGGUAAGUAGCGAGUUCCUUGAGCGGCUGGAGUUGGUGGAGGUGUUUGAGUUGACGUCGAUGGAGAAGGCCAGCCUGCUGGUGGCACUGUCUCACCGCAUCCUCAUGACCUACUCGGUGGAGGACCACGUGGACUCCAUGCAGCAGCGCUCGGCCGAGCUGUGGAAGGAGAGGCUGGCCUCGCUCAAGGAGGUCAACGACCGCAAGCGGGCUGAGAAGCAACGACUCAAGGAACAAGCUGAUGUCAAAGUCGAGGAGGCUGCCAGUGGCGACUCGCCGUCAGCCGCCACCAAGGUGGAGAAGAAGAAAGAGGGUAGCACCAAGAAAGAGGUGAAGGUGAAAGCAGAGUCGGUGGCCGCGGAGCCGGAAGACAUGAUCAGUACGGUUAAGAGUAGGAGGCUGAUGUCCAUCCAGGCCAAGAAGGAAAAGGAGGAGCAUGACAGACAGAACAAAGAGCGCAUGGAGAAAGAGGCAGAGGAGGAGCGUGUCCGCAAGCAGAAGGCUGCAGCGGAGAGGGCCUUCCAGGACGGCAUCACCAAAGCCAAACUGGUGCUGAGGAGAAUCCCACUGGGAACUGAUCGAAACCAUAACAGGUACUGGCUGUUUUCUGAUGUUGUGCCUGGCCUGUACAUAGAGAAGGGCUGGGUGCACGACAGCAUUGACUACAGUUACACCCUCCCCCUGGAAGAGGCUACAGUCGAGCCUGAGGACGAGGAGGCUACCAAAGAGGAGACUGAUGAUGUCGAGGAGGACGGUGGCAGUCUAGAUGGUGCUCUAAGCGAGGGAGCCCAUCAGGGGGCGCUAGCCGCCAUCUGCAUCGAGACCACCACUCCCAACCAGGGACAGAACCUCUGGUUUGUGUGUGAUGCUCCACGGGAACUCGAUGACCUGGUGGAGAGCCUCCACGCACAGGGUGUGAGAGAGAGUGAGCUGAAGACCAAGCUGCAAGUCAGGUACCAGGACAUCCUCCACUCUAUCAACCUGACCCGCAAGGGGAACCCGGGGCUGAGGAGCUGUGACGGCCACCAGGAGCUGCUUAAGUACCUGCGCAGCGACGUCAUCGAGGUGGCCUCGCGCCUCCAGAAAGGCGGCCUGGGCUACAUGGACGACAGCAUGGAUGAGUUUGAGAGAAAGGUGCGUGACCUGGAGAACCUAAAGGACUUUGGGGAGUGCGUCAUCACCCUCCAGGCCUGUGUCAUCAAGAAAUUCCUGCAGGGCUUCAUGGCCCCCAAGCAGAAGAAGAAGAAGAAGCAGGAAGGUGAGGAGAGCAGGAAAACUGAGGAGGUGGAUGAGGAGAAGAAGCUGGCGGAGGAGGCAAGGGUGGCGACGGCAGUAGAGAAAUGGAAGACGGCGAUCCGCGAGGCCCAGACCUUUUCCCGGAUGCACGUGCUGCUGGGCAUGCUGGACGCCUGCAUCAAGUGGGACAUGUCGGCAGAGAACGCACGCUGCAAGGUGUGCCGCAGGAAAGGUGGGGGAUCCUCAACGUCCUGGAGCUGUAUGAGGGAGUCCGAAACUGAAGAGGGUGAGGAUGACAAGCUCAUCCUGUGUGACGACUGCAACAAGGCCUUCCACCUGUUCUGUCUGCGCCCCGCCCUCUACCGCAUCCCGCAGGGGGAGUGGCUGUGUCCCGCCUGCCAGCCCGCCGUGCAAAGACGCUGCUCCCGCGGAAGAAACUACAAUGAGGACACUGAGGAAGAGGAGGAUUCUGAGGACGAAGAGGAGUCUGAAUCCGAGGACUCUGAUGAAGAGGACAAGGAGGAUAAUGAUUACAAGGCCGUGGGCCACAGCUUGAGAUCAAGGAAGAAGACAAAAAACUCUAAAGCAUUGAAGGCGUCCAGUAAGGCGUCUAAGAAGCACUCUCCCCCCAGUAAACCCAGCAAACAGAGGGCCUCCCCUAGCAGUCCUGCAGACAUCGACGAGCUGGUGCGUCAGAGCUCAAAGGAAGGGGUGCGUCGGCAGGCCCUGGAGCUGGAGAGGAGCGAGGAGAUCCUGCAAAAACUGGUCAAAUUCCGCUACAGCUGGCCGUUCAGAGAGCCGGUGUCAGUAGAGGAGGCGGAGGACUACUUUGACAUCAUCUCCAGCCCCAUGGACUUCCAGACCAUGCAGGCCAAGUUCAGCGAGGGCCAGUACCGCCACGCCCAGGACUUCCUGGAGGACGUCAAGCUGGUGUUCUCCAACGCCGAGGAGUACAACCAGAGUGGCAGCUCGGUGCUCUCCUGCAUGGCCAAGACGGAGCAGAGCUUCACCCAGCUGCUCCACAAGCUGCUUCCCGGCCUUGGCUACCUGCGCCGGCACCAGCGGAAGAGAGUCAGUCGGACCGCUCAGGACGAGGAGGAAGAGGAGACGCCCAAGGUUCGGAAGAUGCAGAAUGGGAAAGGCAAGGUGGGUCGGCCCAGGAAAGCAGUGGUGGAGCAGAGGAGAAAGGAAGCGGAGGCGAGCGAGGAAGAGGGCAGCGUGAAGAGGAAGAGCAAGCGGGCGGCGACAACGUCCAGCCGGCGAGACUACCGAGAGCAAGAGAGUGAUGGCGAGGAGGGCGACAACCAGAGAACUCGGCAGCGGGGGGGCCAUGGUGGGGAUAGUGACGAGGAGAACGGGGCCAGCCACCGACAUUCCAAGCGGCAAAAACGUUCAUAAUGAAGUCCACGGUGCUUCUUGUGUUUGUCUUUUCAAAUUUCUGCCCCUAAAAUGAAAACCGAACACCCCUCCCAAUUCUGAGGAAAUGGGACUCAACUUCUCAGAUGGAGUUUUUUGUGUUUUUGGUUAUGUUAAUAUUUUUGAGUAAAAAAAGAAACUGAUUUAUAUUUGUAAUGCGAUUUAAAUAUUUGGGGACUUUUUUUCAAACAGACAUUUACAUCUAAGACGAGAGGAUUUGUCAGAGCUUUUUGAGAAUUUUUAUUUAUCCCCCCACACCUUACAUUCUGGUCAUCCUCCCAGGUUUAAAGUUGUAAUUUAGCUUCUGUGCGGCUUGGGCUGUGAGGGAUGGGAUGUUAACCGUUUUCCAGGAAAUACCUAAUUUAUGUUGAUGUACAGUCAUCAUUCUCUGGUUUUGCUUUUUGGCAUGACUAAACACUGGCCUUUGAGCAACCCAGCUUUGCGAGGGCACCAAAGCCCUUGGUGUAUAUGUCUGAGUUCUUCCUUCAGGCUACGCACCAACUGCCUAGCCAUCAUUCUGCCUAAGCAUUUGAACCAUACAGAUAAUCCAGGUUUUUACAUAUGCAAUUCAGUUUCCUGUGUUGACAAUGAAAAUACCUAUUGUAAAAAUAACGGUACAUUUUAACCCCCUCUUUCUCCAGAGGACUCUGUUCUUGUUGCAGCAACACAUGUUUAUCUGCAGUGUCUCAUUCCUGGUCCACCGCGUUGCCCGACCUUUCACCUCCAGAAUGUCCUCAAGUUCAGUAGAUGAUUCCCCUUAAACUCCGCCCUGUAGUUUUCUCCCUGUAAAGCUAGGGCUGCCUUUUGUUUUCAUAUACCUACUGUGGUAGGGCUCUACUGUCUCAUUGACAUUAUAGGCAUUUAUUAUUUUAAACCAGUGUUUAAACCACAAAUCCAAGCAUAGCCAUGGUCUAAAUGCAUGGAAAUGUGUUUUGUUGACUUGAACGUGGAUUUCUAUGAUUUGUUUUGUUGCACAUUUUGGCUGAAUUUGAUUCAAAGGAAGUGUAUGAAAUACUUGCGAGCGAUAACCACUUCCUCCCUCAAAGAUUUGUCAGCGGUCAUCAUUAUGCCAUGUCAUCAAUACAAGGUCUGGUUAGGUUCUAGUCCGAUGUAGGCAAUCUGUGUGAGGGUUCGUGGACCAUGAGCCGGGUUGUUCGGUUCAAAUCCUUCAGGUUAUUACCAUUGCUUCAAACUCCUUAUUGUGUAUGUUUCCAUUCAUUAGCACCAGGUGGUGCUAUACUCCUGCACUUUUAACCAGCAUAGUGCAAGUUAUGGUCCAUUGAGAACCUCUUGUCUUGUUCAUAUCCUUUCCUUAAACAACCUCAUGCACAUUCUACUGUGGAGUAGGUGUUUAAAAAAACUUCCCUCUAGCUAGUGUGUGUACCAUAAUCGAACCUUGGAGAGCGCUAAGGUCCUUGGAGUAAUUCUCAGAUGGGGUGUUGUGGUAUCUAUUUACAGAACACCGGUUAGGUAGUCAGACAAUGCAGAUGUCUUGACUAUGACCUGUCCUGUAUGUGCAGUUCUAUGCAGUAUGUUAGUGCUUUUCUAACACUACUGUCAUUGAAUCGUCGAGCCUACGAUCUGAUUUUAAUUUGGUUCUUAUCAUUUGGGCCGUUUUAAAAAGCGCUUUGAGUUUUUUUUUUUUUUUUUUUUUUUUUUUUGUACUACUCGAAUCUUGUAUCUGAGAUUUGAAAUGUAAUUGUUGGCUGUUCAAUUACAUUGAAUAUUUAGAUGGAAGAGCAGAUCUAAAGAAUUGCAAAAGUGACUGCCCUCCUCAGUAAAAUUCCUGUUGUAAAUACUUUCUUUCUUUCCGGAGGAACAAAAAAAGUAUUUUACACUUUAAAAAAAAUAAUAUUUAUAGUCGCAACUGGGGUCGGGAUUGGUUGGACAGGUGUGGGGCUCACAAGUAAAGAAUCCCCCACCCCCCCCCACCACAUUUUUUUGAAAGGAUAUUGGUUUGAAGUUUAGAUCUCCCCUUUGCUUUGUUUUGAGGUUUAUAGUAUUUCCCCCAGCCAUCACUGCCAAUGGUAAGCCUGAUAGAGAAUAGCCAGUGGGGAGGAGUUAGCCAUGGGAUCGCAGGCUGACGUAUGUUUUCUUUACUUUUUAAUAAAACAUCAUACAAUGGUA